UGCAGCCGCCAUCAGGCCUCCCCUCAGCUCCUCUGCUCUGGGCUGAGCAAACCCAGGACCUCGGCCGCUCCUCCUACAUUUUCCCCUCUAGGCCCUUCACCAUCCUUGUGGCCAUCCUUCUGACACUCUCUAAUAGUUUUAUGUCCUUGUUGUACCGUGGCACCCAAGCCUGCAGCCAGUGCUGAGAUGAGGUCCCACAGAGCAGAAUGGGACAACCGCUUUCCUUGCCCGGUGCAGUGCUGGGCCUGGUGCCCCCCAGAUGUCCAUCGUGUGCUUCUGUUGGGCCUGCUCUGUGCUGCUGCUUCCAGCCACAAAAGCCUGCUGGCCUAUAGUAAAAAGCAGUUGGUAAAGCGGUGACACUUGUUGGAGUUCUGUAUCUCUGUAUCAUGAAUCAGUGUAAUGGUAUUGCUAUUCCCGACUGGAAUAAGUGUUUCCUGACUAACGCGCCAGCUUACCGGGUUUGGAAAUGAAUGUCCUUUUCAUAAACAAACUCUGCUUUUCUGUAGUCCUUCUGUGGCAUAGGCGUUGAGACAGCUAGUUGCCUUUUCCUCUCACUUCAUGUUGUUAAAAUGUUGCAGCUUCUGUAGUAUGGUUUGGGGUAGUUGUGGUGAAAGAGCACUUAAAGAACAAGGAAAUAGGGAGAAAGGGACCAACCUGACAAUGGCAUUUUUCAGUCAAUUGAAACAGAAUAAAAAUGGGGGGGAGGGGGGAGUAAAAAAACCCAAAAAACAGUUUUCUAAGGAAUAAGGAGGAGGAAUUAGCACUCAUUUAAUCUCCCAAUUUUGCCAGCAAUUGGAAAGGCACUUUGUUACAAACCUUUUAUUCAAAAGUGUUCAUUUGUGUCCACAUGCAUGUGUGUGAAAGGAGAAUGUUUAGUGUUGAACCAAAGUGUCCAGUUUUUCACUUCUGUUUGGAAAUCGAUUUUUAGGAGUGGAGUGCAUGCGUGUGUGUUGAGUACUGACUGAGUUCUUAUAAAAUGUUUUUAAGUAAAAACUUUAAGCAAGAGCACCAAUUGUAGAUGUUUACUAUUAAAACUUUCUUUGUAGGUUAUUGCACUUAAGAAUGAACAUUGAAGACAAGCUGGGAGGAUUAUUUCUUAAAUGUGGUGGCAUAGACCAGAUGCAGUCAUCCAGGGCUAUGGUAGGGAUGGGUGCAGUAUCUGACCAGUCCGGAGUGUCGGGAGAACGGCAAGAAGCAGUGCUUCAAGAUCGGACUAUGGCGCACCAGGAAAUUCUUGCACCAGACGAAGUGUUACAGGAAAGUGAACUUCGACAGCAAGAGAUGAUUUCACAUGAUGAACUCAUGGUCCAUGAGGAGACGGUAAAAAAUGAUGAUGACAUGGAUACACAAGAUAGACUUCCUCAAGGGCUGCAGUAUGCUGUUAAUGUCCCUAUCAGUGUAAAGCAAGAAAUUACCUUUACUGAUGCAUCUGAACAGCAGAAACGAGACAAAAAACAAAUACGAGAGCCAGUAGAUUUGCAGAAAAAGAAGAAAAGAAAACAGCGUUCACCAGCAAAAAUCCUUACAAUAAAUGAGGAUGGAUCACUUGGUCUGAAAACCCACAAAUCUCAUGUUUGUGAGCAUUGCAAUGCUGCCUUUAGAACCAACUACCAUUUACAGAGACAUGUCUUCAUUCAUACAGGUGAAAAACCAUUUCAGUGCAGUCAGUGCGACAUGCGUUUCAUACAGAAGUACCUGCUACAGAGGCAUGAGAAGAUUCAUACUGGUGAGAAGCCAUUUCGUUGUGAUGAAUGUGGUAUGAGGUUUAUUCAGAAGUAUCACAUGGAAAGGCACAAAAGAACUCACAGUGGAGAGAAGCCUUACCAGUGCGAGUAUUGUUUGCAGUAUUUCUCCAGGACCGAUCGUGUGCUGAAACAUAAACGCAUGUGCCAUGAGAACCGUGACAAGAAGCCGAACAGAAGUGCCACCAAAGUUGGCUUUUUGCCAUCGGAGGAAGAUUCUGGUUUCUCUACGCCUAUGAAAGACAGCUCCUUGCCAAAGAAGAAAAGGCAGAAAACAGAGAAAACAAAAUCUGGAGAUAAGGACAGUGCAGAUAAAUCAGAACAGAAGAAGGACAAAAAUGACUAUUUGCCUUUGUACUCUGCUAGUACGAAAGUAAAAGAUGAAUAUAUGGUAGCAGAAUAUGCUGUCGAGAUGCCACAUUCUUCUGUCAGUGGGUCGCACUUAGAAGAAGCAAAUUCUGGAGAAAUACACCCACCCAAGCUCGUUCUCAAAAAAGUUAACAGCAAGAGGAGUCUUAAACAGCCACUUGAGCAAAGUCAAAGCAUUUCACCUUUAUCUACGUAUGAAGACAGCAAGGUUUCAAAGUAUACCUUUGAUCUCGUGGAUAAACAAAGUUUACUGGACUCUGAAGGUAAUGCUGACAUUGAUCAAGUUGACACAUUACAAGAAGGGCCCAGUAAACCUGUACACAGCAGCACUAAUUACGAUGAUGCAAUGCAGUUUUUAAAGAAAAAGAGGUAUCUACAAGCAGCUAGUAACAACAGUAGAGAAUAUGCCUUGAAUGUAAGUACCAUAGCAUCUCAGCCUUCUGUGACACAGGCAGCUGUGGCGAGCGUCAUUGAUGAAACUGCUACAGCUUCAAUAUUAGACACGCAGGCACUGAAUGUUGAAAUUAAAGGCAGCCAUGAUAAAAAUGUCAUUCCAGAUGAGGUACUGCAAACUCUGUUAGAUCAUUAUUCACACAAGGCUAACGGACAACAUGAGAUCUCCUUCAGUGUGGCUGACACUGAGGUGACCUCCAGUAUAUCAAUCAAUUCUUCUGAAGUAUCUGAGGUCACCCAAUCUGAGACAGUUGGAACGAGCUCUCAAGCUUCCUCAUCAGAUAAAGCUAGUAUGUUACAGGAAUAUUCAAAGUUUUUACAACAAGCUUUGGACAGAACUAGCCAAAAUGAUGCCUAUUUGAACAACCCAAGCCUUAAUUUUGUGACUGAUAACCAGACUCUUACAACCCAGCCAGCAUUUCCUUCCAUAGAGAAGCAGGUCUACACGUCUAUACCCGUCAACAGCUUUCGCUCGGGAAUGAACUCUCCAUUAAGAACAACUCCAGACAAGUCUCACUUUGGACUAAUGGUUGGUGAUUCGCAGCACCCUUUUCCAUUUUCAGGUGAUGAGGCAAAUCAUUCUUCCUCCUCUUCUACACAGGACUUCUUGGAACAAGUAACUUCUCAGAAGAAAGCAGAGGCACAGCCUGUUCAUCAAGCAUAUCAAAUUAGCUCCUUCGAGCAGCCCUUCAGGGCUCAGUACCAUGGGGCAAGAGCUGGAAUAUCAUCUCAAUUUAGCACUGCCAAUGGACAGGUGAACCUUCGGGGACCAGGGACAAGUGCUGACUUCCCAGAAUUUCCCUUGGUGAAUGUAAAUGAUAGCAGAGCUGGGAUGGCUUCUUCACCUGAUGCCACAACAGGCCAGACUUUUGGCUGAGAAAUCUUUGUAAAUAAUACUGGCACUUUAGAACACAUUUGUCAAAAGGGGGUUUCUCUGUGUAAGAUGGAGUUCUGUACAGCUUUUAAGAGCGCUAUGUUAAAAGAAAAGUAAGCUGAUAUUAGCAAGACCAAUAACUGCUUUUUAUUUUUUAUUUUCUUUUUCCUGGUUAGUAACCAGUAAUUGAUCUGCCUCACAUUGUUGCCCCUAUCAAAGGCAGAUUAUUAUUCACUUGUUUGAAUCCAGUAGUUAUUUUAACUUCUAUACAAUUUAAAAUAAACAGAAUCCCCAGGUAAGGCUUUCCCCCAUGAUUGCUUCCUUACUGGUUUCCUCGUGUGCUUUGGGAAGACAGUUUAUUGUCUGCUACUAUUCAUACUGUCAUUUUCAAGCUUGUCAGUGUAGUCAUUGUUCUUCAUCAGGGAAUCAACAUGUACUAAACACACAGAAUAAACUACAAGUUUCAAAGUCAAGCAGAUAUGGCUUUAAAAGAUGGCAUUUUCUAGAAAAAUAACCUCUCUUCCAUCUCUCUCAAAAAAUAAUUUUAGAUCAUAUGCCCUUUGUUUCUGCUUUCCAUUACCUUGAGUUGUGGUUGGAGGAAAAAAUGAAUUCUGAUAGACUAACUCUACUAUUUAAAAGUCUAAUCGAUUUAAAAGUCUUUAAACAGUUUUUUAAGCAAAUACAUAACUGCUAAUGCAUUUACUUCAUUCCUGAAGUAAUGUGUAUUUCUUUGUACAGCUGAAUCUAGAUGUAACUUUUUAAUGACUUUUUCAUAUGCAGAUAUCAAGAUUUUGAAGUUUUAGUUAAAAUACUCUGUAGAUGACAUUCCCCAUUACAUAAUGCUUACACAAACUGUGUAUUCCAAGAUUUAAAAGCUUAACUUACCUUACCCUACAUACUCAUGAUUAACAUAGAGCACUUAGUCUAUUUGAUAGAUUUGAUUUCUCAAAAAAAAAAAUAAUUAGAUUUUUAUGUUUGAUAUGGUUGCACCAUUUUCAUCUCAUACAGCUCCAGUUAAUGCUUCCAGUAUACAUUGAGAUUGGGCGUCCUGAACUUCUGUCUUAAUUCUCUGUCUGGAAUUUUGACAAUUCUGCUCAUUAAAUUUAUUGAGUAUCCCCCAAAGCUGAAGAAGUGGGCAUUCAAAUUUCAUGCAUCUUCUUAAUGUUUGAUUAGAGAAAGUCGUUACAAUUUUACCAACCCAAACUGUUGAGUAAUGGUAGUGAACAGAAUUCCUUUCUCAACAGAAAUCAGAAGUUUUCAUUGCAUUUCACAACAUAAAUAAACUACAAAGUUUAUCCCUGUUCCACGAAUAUGGUUUUUUUGAAUAGUACUUUGUCUUGAGGUAUACAGUAUGGUACGAUAAGUAGUUCUGUGUGCAUUUUUAAGGUGGUAAGAUUUGAGUAGCAUAACUAUUGUGUAGUUUAAGUUAACAAUUUACAGAUUUUUGAACUGUAUGUUCAUAAUAUUGCACCUUCCCUAAAGGGACACUGUCUGGUAGUUGAAGGCAGUUUAAGCCUAAUGUAGGCUGAUUAACCAGGGAAAAACAUGCACACGCAGACACGUGUGUGUGAAUAUAUAUAUAUAUGUAUGUAUAUAUAUAUGUAUUUUUUUUUUAAUAGGAUUGCAAACAUUCUUUUACAGCACUAUUGCUAGCUGGUAUUUCUCAGAUGAAGCCAUCAGGUAGGAGAGAGUACUGCAUCUCAAGGAGCUAUAAAAUAUAUCUUGUCUUUUGAAGGGACUUGAGCAGGACACAAAAUAGUCCCUACCUCUUCCAAAAACAGUAGCAAUAUAUUUUUAUUUUUUUUCCUUGAUAGGAAGCUGAUUUCACACAGUCUUUUUUUUCCCUUACGGUAUCACUAGUAAAGCACUAACUUCACUCGGUACAAUUCAGGGAAAAAGCAUGUUUGUAAUCCAUGGCUUGCUUCCUGCAUUGUCAGGAAAUACAAUUUGCAUAAAAUUCUCACUAAAUAUUUUUGUAUAGGAAAACAGAUCAUGUUUUGACUCAUGUGUUUAAUACAAGGAAGGUGUUUCUGCAUGUUAUCACUUACCAGUGAUUUGGUCUGAGUAUUUGGCCCUGAGUUAAAAAGAACGUGCAUCAAGGGAGAAGAAUAAAUUCCUUAUGGACUAUUAAUGAUACAUGUAAAAAAAAAUUUUUUUGGAAAGAAUAUUUUCAACCUGAUUCAUGUCUCUGUUUUUCUUCCUUUAUGGUCAGUUGGUUGUGGUUUUUUUUUCUUUUUGACUUUCCAUUCUGCUUUGCACAGAUGUAAUAAAUAUGGCCCCCAUAGCCUCAAAGCCACCUCCUGCUACACCUGUUUCGUUCUCAUUGUUGUAUUUCCAUGACAUCCUAGCUUGUGCUGCCUGCAUAAUGUGUUGUUGACAUCUUUGUUCUAAUGUCCUGUUGUUGCAAGUAGAUGACCAUCGCUAGUACAAUUUGUUAGAAAUAUAACAAGCAGCAAAUGCCAAAAGAAAAAGGAAAAAAAAAAAAAAGGGUGGCUGGGGGAGGGCAACUAGAUUAUUACUGCACUAGUCUGAUCUGGUAGGAAAGUAAAAGGAAUAAAAAGCCUGAACCUCCCAAAGCAGAUUGACUCACUUUUAUUUAAGAAAAGUCACUGCAUUGAUUCUCUGCUGUGAGAAAGUGAUGAAGGAGUAGGGGGAGUGCUGUUGCUCCAUGCCAUCUUUGCUCUUAACAAAUUGUUGCUUGGGUACGUGAGUGAGCAAGCUACUGUGUACAGAGGGAAGGAACUCACUAUUCCCAAGAGCAAAGUGGGAGUAGCCCGAGAAAACGUUAUUCCUUCUGUCCUAGUUCAUUCUCCAGUUUGCUGAUGAGCCAUUACAGCUAUCCUCAGUGCCUUAGGACAGGCUUUGAAGUCCCAGUGUAGCCUGUGGGGAAUAUCUAUAGGAUUCUGGAGUACUUGAUCUGCCGAUGCUUGAAGCUUUCUGUAACGGAGGAGUUAACCAAAUAUACUGCUGUCAUUUCCUGAGUGCAUGCCCUUUUCAUUCUGGUAAAAGUCUGUAUGUAGUUCUGGGAGACUGCUCUGUGUAAAAGCUCGGGCUUUAUCAAUAAUUACAUUAAGAUUUUCUACUGCUAAAAUUCUGCUGCUUCUAAUCCGCUACAGAUGCAUGUUCUUCGUUUGGAACAGGUCAGUGUUCAUUUUUGUUAGUCCAAAAGAGCUGUGGAAAAAGAAAGCGACUUUGGUGUUUGCUCAGUUCUUGUCCUGCUGUGCUUCAGUCGCUCAGCAGAAGUUGGGGUUAGCAUUGGUAUUGCACAGAGCGAACAACACAGGUUCUUUCUGGAGGGCCAUGCAGGCUGCAGGGGUGUGUGUGUAAGGGGGAAUCUUCUGUGGCUCUCUCCUCGUGAUAGAGCAACAAUGGUUUAAAAAAAAAAAAAAAACAGGAAAUUGAUAAUGUUUACUACCAAACUAUAUAUAUACAUAUAUGUCUAUAUAUAUAGACACAUACUCAUAGGCCAUAUUUUGGACCUAAAUUACUUGACAGUGUCCCUUUUAGCAUGAGUCCUUUGGUAUAUUUUACCGUUCAUAUCACAGGCGAUGAAGGAAUCUGCUUGUAAUGGUAUACUAAUAAGCAUUUACAUUUUCUCCUUUUGAUUUGAGAAUGAAUUAAUCAUAAAUGACAAGGUUUAGAGAGAAGGAUUAACAAUGUGUAUCGCUGUACAUUGGUUUACAAGUAACAUAAACAAAUUGGAUGAUAAAGGAAUUAUGUUCAUGAUCUCGUGUCUCCUAGUAUUGUCUUGAGGAAAAUUGUGUUUCAGGAAGAAAAUAGGACAAGAAAGUAUUCGCAUGAGUUAACACUUGCAUUAUUUUUAUAUUGUACUUGUCCAUUUUUUGGAUGAAGGGAACUUUUCAUUGUUCAUUGAGAAGUACAGUAAAAUCUUGCUAAUUCGCUGACAGCUAACCAGAGCAUCCAAUAGGUUCAUACCUCCCCGCUGGUCUCUUUACCCACCUCUCUGCGAUGUUCUAAAAAGUACAGUAGCAAAGUCUCCUAUUAGUAAUACUGUACUGCUUCACCCGAGUAUACUACAGAAUCUAUAUUAGUAUACUGGGAGGUACAAGAAGCAUUGAAAACUAAAUUACAGUUGUCAAAAUAAAUGAGCAAAGUACUUUUUGUGACGUGACAUCCUUGCUUUCAUUGCCUGCUUCUUCACUGCUUUCAAAAUUGUGAUUCGUAAAGGGUUUCUGAGUCAUUGCUGCGAAUUAUUGGGGUUCUACUGUAACUUUUGGAAGUACUCAUGUUCUCCUAUGAAAACUUUCCACCUGGACAUAUACAUUAUAUUCCAUGCUUGUUCAGAAUAUUUUUACGGUGUUUGUAUCCUACAUAGUAACUAUUGGAAACGAACCAGAAUAUUUGGAUGAAUUCACUCUGAAUUUCGCAGCAUUGGAUUACUUUAUGUUUGUAUAUUUGCUAACUAAAUAUCCUUGUUUUUGCAAGCUUUGGGUUUUUUUUUUAUUCUUCUCUGUUGGCUUGUUUUAAUACCAUUACAAAUUGCAGGGAAAAUCCUAAUACUCCAGGGAAUACGUUUGACGAUUUAAUAGGCAGAAAUCUGCUUCUGCAGUCGGUACCAGUGCACAUGUGAACUUUCAGAUUACAUGGUUGGUACUGAAGCGAGCUCAUCGUGUUACACUCUGCUAGUUUUAACUGUUGUACGGAGAUGAAGCCUUGUAACUUUGAAAGUUCAUUCGACUUACGGUAAUGCAUGUUUAUGUUAGGCAUGUAAUGCAUUUAGCUGAAGCUCACUUCGCGAAGGGCAAGUACUAAGAAAGUAUUACUGCUAAUGAAAAGAGUUGUCUCUAAGUUAAAAUUUCAACCUUUGUUCAAGUUUGAAUUGCUUUGUGUCAGGGAGAUACAUUUAUAGUCGCUUUUGCUCUUCUCUGCGUAAAGAACCUUACGUUUCCUUUUUAAAAUUGUAUCUUUUGGUAGGAAACACAAACUGAGGCAAGCAAACAUUUCUAAGAGUUGUUUCUUGCCUUCCUUAAUCCAAUGGAUGGAAAGGUAAUAUUGUGUAAACAACAUUAUUUUAUUUUUUUAUGCAAUAUCAUGCUGUAAAUAUGAUUUAUCAAAUAAGGAUGUACCUAUGAUUGAAUCUUUGAUUCUGCACAGUUAGAGUUUAUAUAUAAAUAUAAAUGUGUCUUGACAAUCAAGGACUUAUGUCAGUCUUCCUUUAUGAUGUUUAUUAUUGUUAUGCAUUCCAUUUGUUUGAACUGAGUACCGAUGUGGAAAUUUGUAAUGUCUGUAAAGUAUGUAAUGUUUUUAUAGCUUGUUUAAAGAAGAAACAACAAAUCCUGUAAAUACAUACGGACUGAUCGCAGUACCGCUCUGUUAGAAGGCGUACGAUGUUGUACUGUUUGUAAGCAAUAAUACACGACAGUGCUAACUUUACAAGUAGCAUAAGGAUAAGUUCCAAAAAUACCUUUGGGGAGUUAAUAGCCUUGAGUUAAUGAAUAUUCUGAAUCAUUUUUUUAUAAAUAAAUUCAAACGUCCUCCUGCUGGAGUAUAUAACUUUGUUUACACAGCACAAUCUCAGUCGCAGAGAGGACAGCCUUUAGAUCCAUGGCUUCAUCCGUGCACACUUUGAGUAAGAAAGGAAUGGCUUGGCUGCACUUCUGCAAGAGGAGGAAGACUGCAAAAGUUGAAUAGCUGUGUCUCUAAGGGAUGAGAGAUACUAUUCUGCUUCUGUGCUGAUUCCUGACAAUUCCUCUGCUUAAGUUUGGAGUCUUUAAGUCCUGAUACUGAACUGAUGAGACUUGGGCCUCCAGUAGAAAGGAGUAGUUCUCUCCGUAUUUCAUAUGCAGUUAAACAGUGAACUUACAAGUCACGUGUUCAUUUGAGUUGCAUAUUUUUCCAAUUAUGAGCUAUGAGAUGAUGAGUUUAUUCUGAUAAAUAAACUAAACGUCAAACUUAUAGUUUGGAUUGAGUAGGGAUUAGACUGUACAGAGCAGCGAAACUAUUUGAACGCAGUCAUCACUGCUUUAGAACCCCCCCACCCCCGAUUUAUAAAUGUAUAUGACCUACAUUUUAUAGAAAAGAAAAUGUUUUUAAAUGCUAGUCAUUUAUAUAAUAUGUGCUUUGAAGGAUUUGCUAGUCCACUUCUGUCACUUUUAGUACACUGGUAUCUUUUAUAUGUAAUGUACGCUUUUUAUUAUUAUUGUAGUAAAGCAUUUCAGUAGGAGGAAUUUUGCAACAGUAUGAGGGGUUGAAAUUUUCCUUGUCAGAAAUGAAUUAUACUGGACUUUGUCUGUGUAGUCUUGUCUUUCUUUUAAUGCUGUCUGGAAGGGAACUUGGUGUUCAAUAAAGCAAGUGACCUCCUUUUAUUUUGAAGGCAUACUAUGUAGUGCUGAAUCGGAUCUGGAAGCAUGGUGGAUUGGAAGACAGAGCAAUUAGUACAAGCUCUAGUGUACAGAAGAAAUUGUGUUCUGGAAAACCUGGUGAUAUAUGUAGUGGAACACUGUUACGGUGCAUUUUCUGAUCUAGUGGUAUCUUCCUCAAGUCCGUAUGCCUUCUUUGUACUUCAACUAAUAAACAGAAAAAAAUCCAUAUAGAUAAAUUUAGGACAAUAGGUUUAUUUCAAUAAUUAUCCAGUAUUUCUUUAUCCUACAACAUCUAUUCCGUCCCUUUAUUGUUAGGCAAAAGACCGUAACCUGAAUUCCAUCAGUAGAAGUAUGUAUAUAGAUAAGAGAUGGUUUUGUAGGAACCGGAGAAGGAUGAGAUUUGUAUAUUCUUUAUGACAGAAAUCAGGAUGUGAGUCUGUCUGUAUUCCUGUGAGAUGAGGGGAUUCCCGAUACAAAGAGUGAGUGAGUGUGCGUGAGCGUGUACAUACGUGAAAGGUGCAUGGGUCUCCUGGCAAAAAUGAUACAAGUAUAAAAGGAUUUAAUGUAGCUCAACACAUGACUUAUGUAUGUAAAAGAAACGUAUAAAUUUCAUAAUUCAAAAAGACAAAAAUAGUUUUGCAGGAAACAAAACUAUUUGGAUAGCAGGCUUGACCAAAUAAAUGUUUUGGUUAAACUUGAUAUAUUUUAAAUGAUUCUAUUUCUGCCUUUAUUUCUGCCCUGAAAGCAACUUAAAAUAUUUUGGGAGUUACUCUAUCUGUUCCUUUGACUGUGAGUGUAAUUUAUAUCAUGGUUUACAAAACGUGGCAUGAAGGAUUGGAUUGUUUUAUCUGUAUAAUACAAUGAAAGAUCGCUUUUUUACGUAAUCACGGUGAAUGGUAUUGUAUUCUUAGGAUUGAUUUAUUCAUUCGGUGACUAAAUGAGUUCCACCACUUUUGACAUUAUUGUUUUCUUAUGGUUAACUUAGUCCUUUGGGGUUUAUAAUACCCUCCUAUGUAUUGUGAUACUAAGGGAAGUUAUGUUUUCGCUUUAUUUUUAAUUAAACUAAUAGUUUGAUAAUUUAUAUUUGCAAAUGAUGCAUUUUAAAUGUGGUCACUUGCUGUUUGAAAAAUAAAAAUAUAGAAUACUGUUUUA